AUGGCAACAGGAGGUGGUCCCUUUGAAGAAGGCAUGAAUGAUCAGGACUUGCCUAGCUGGAGCAAUGAGAGCCUUGAUGAUCGACUGAACAACACGGACUGGGGAGGUCAGCAGAAGAAAGCAAACAGAUCUUCAGAAAAAAACAAGAAAAAGCUUGGUGGGGAAGCUGAAACGAGGCUUACUAAUGAUAUAUCUCCAGAAUCCUCACCUGGAAUGGGACGACGAAAGACCAGAACUCCUCAUAGUUUUCCUCAUGCUCGAUACGUCACCCAGAUGUCUGUUCCAGAGCAGGCUGAACUAGAAAGGCUUAAACAAAGAAUAAACUUUGGUGAUCUGGAUCAGAGGAGCAUUGGAAGUGAUUCUCAAGGCAGGGCAACGGCUGCUAACAACAAACGUCAACUUAAUGAAAACAAAAAGCCAUUCAACUUCCUGUCACUGCAGAUAAACACUAACAAAAGCAAAGAUCCUGCCUCAGGUUCCCAAAAAAAGGAAAGCGGGGUAUCAGUGCAAUGUAAAGAGUUGUUUGGAGCUGCUCUAAGUAAGGAUUUCUUGCAGAAUUGUCAAGUCUCUGCGCAAGAAGAUGGAAGGGGAGAACCAGCUGUGGAUAGCAGCCAGAUUGUGAGCAGACUAGUUCAAAUUCGCGACUAUAUUGCUAAGGCCAGCUCCAUGCGGGAUGAUCUUGUAGAGAAAAAUGAGAGAUCGGCCAAUGUUGAGCGUUUAUCACACCUUAUAGAUCAUCUUAAAGAGCAGGAGAAAUCCUAUCUGAAAUUUUUGCAAAAGAUGCUUGCCAGAGAUCCUCAACAGGAAGCUAAAGAGGAGUUGGAGAACUUGAAGAAGCAGCAUGAUUUGUUGAAAAGGAUGCUACAACAGCAGGAGCAAUUGAAAGCUCUUCAAGGAAGACAGGCAGCUCUUCUUGCUUUGCAGCAUAAAGCAGAGCAAGCAAUUGCUGUCAUGGAUGAUUCUGUUGUAACAGAGACUACAGGUAGUGUUUCAGGAGUAAGCCUUACUUCAGAACUGAAUGAAGAAUUGAAUGACUUAAUUCAGCGCUUUCACAACCAGCUUCAUGAUUCUCAGACACAGUCUGUGCCAGACAAUAGAAGGCAAGCGGAAAGUCUCUCACUUACCAGAGAGAUUUCGCAAAGCAGAAACUCUUCCAUGUCCGAACACCUGUCAGAUGAGAAGGCGCAGCUUUUUAACAAGAUGCGAAUGUUGCAGGGUAAAAAGCAAAAAAUGGACAAACUGUUAGGAGAACUGCAUACGCUUCGUGACCAACACCUAAAUAACUCGUCCUGUUCUCCUCAAAGGAGCAUUGAUCAAAGAAGUACAACUUCAGCUGCUUCUGGUCCUGUAGGCAUAGUAACUGUUGUCAAUGGCGAAUCAAAUAGCAUGGCGUCUGCUCCCUAUCCUCCUGAUUCCCUGGUUUCUCAGAAUGAGAGUGAAGAGGAUGACAACCUAAAUCCGACAGAAAAGCUUCAGAAGUUAAAUGAAGUUCGCAAGAGGCUGAAUGAGUUACGCGAGUUAGUUCACUACUAUGAGCAAACAUCUGAUAUGAUGACAGAUGCUGUGAAUGAAAAUACGAAGGAAGAGGAAGAAACAGAAGAAUCAGAAAGUGAUUCUGAACAUGAGGAUCCACAGCCUGUUACAAAUAUUAGAAACCCUCAAGGAAUCAGUAGUUGGAGUGAAAUCAAUAGCAACUCCAAUGUGCAGUGUGGGACUAAUAACAGAGAUGGAAGACAUCUUAACACAGACUGUGAAAUAAAUAACCGAUCUGCUGCUAAUAUAAGGACUCUAAAAAUGUCUUCUACUCUAGACUGUCAUAAUAGGGAGGACGACAAAGAUACCGACCUACCCCAAGGUGAAGAUGAUGAAGUGGAAGAAGACAGAGUUAGUGAAGAUUCUGUAUCUAGUCACAGAAGCAGCCUGGGUGAUGUUGCUGGAGAUGCUGAGUUUGAGCAGAAGAUCAAUAGGCUUAUAGCUGCAAAACAGAAACUUAGACAGUUACAAAACCUUGCUGCUAUGGUGCAGGAUGAUGAUCCAGAACCUCAAGCAACAAUUGCAAAUGCAUCCAAUAUUGAUGACUUGUUUUUGGGCGAGAUGGAAGAGACAAAGCAACAACCAAACAAUGUCCGAGCUAGUGCUAACAAGUUACAAAAAGAUGUAGGACUAAAUGAAAAAGCAAGAGAGAAGUUUUAUGAAGCUAAACUUCAGCAGCAGCAGCAGGAGCUCAAGCAGUUACAAGAAGAAAGAAAAAAACUGAUUGAAAUUCAAGAAAAAAUUCAAGUGUUACAGAAAGCUUGUCCUGACCUUCAAUUGUCAGCUGGCCUGGGUAACUGCCCAGCCAAUGGGCAGCCUUCACCAGCGACCUCAACUCCGGCCAUGAACGAGUGUGACACAGCUGGCAAGCCUUUACUGGAGUUUGAUGAAUCUGUACCAGUAGGCAAUGAGUUAUGGUCUGAGAUGAGAAGACAUGAGAUUUUAAGAGAAGAAUUACGACAGAGAAGAAAGCAACUUGAAGCUUUAAUGGCUGAACAUCAGAGGAGGAGAGAGCUUGCAGAAACAAUAUCUACUGUUGCUGCAUCUGUUAAAACUGAAAGCUCAGAAGCUCAACGUACUCCACAGCAGAGCAGGACUGAAAAGACAAUGGCUACCUGGGGAGGUUCUACCCAGUGUGCACUAGAUGAAGAGGAUGGAGAUGAAGACGGUUACCUCUCUGAUGGAGUUGGUCAGGCAGAAGAGGAGGAAGAAGACGCAUCAAGUUUGAAUGACAGUUUCUCUGUUUAUCCAAAUAACAACGUACCAGACAAUGCGUAUUUUGUUAAAGAAAACAAGGAGAGGUGGAAAAAUUGCCGUCCUCUUUCAGCAGAUGGGAAUUAUCGCCCGUCGUCUAAGGCCAGGCAACAGCAAAACAUAAGUAUGCGACGUCAGGAAAACCUUCGGUGGAUGUCCGACCUUUCAUAUGUGGAAGAAAAGGAACAAUGGCAAGAGCAGAUCAAUCAGUUGAAGAAACAGCACGAAUUUAGUGUCAGCAUUUGUCAAACUUUGAUGCAGGAUCAACAGACCCUCUCUUGUCUGCUACAGACUUUGCUUACAGGCCCUUACAGCAUGAUGCCCAAUAAUGUCACAUCUUCACAAGUACAUCUUAUUAUGCAUCAGUUAAACCAGUGUUACACUCAACUGAGUUGGCAGCAGAAUAACGUCCAAAGGUUGAAACAAAUGUUAAAUGAUCUUAUGCGCCAGCAAGAACAACAACAGUGUCAAGAGAAGCCAUCAAGAAAGGAGAGAGGCAGUAGUGCACCACCACCUCCAUCUCCUGUUUUCUGUCCGUUCAGCUUUCCUCCACAACCUGUGAACCUGUUUAGUGUACCGGGAUUUACUAAUUUUUCUUCCUUUGCUCCAGGCAUUAACUAUAACCCAGUGUUCCCUUCUGGUUUUGGAGAUUUUGCACACAAUGUUUCCCCACACAGCAGUGAGCAGCAGCAGCAGCAACAUCCUCUAGAUCAUAAUGCUUCUGGGAAAACUGAGUAUAUGGCAUUCCCCAAACCUUUUGAAAGCAGUUCCUCUAAUGGAGCAGAGAAACAAAGGAGUCAUAGACAACCUGAAGAGGAAAUGGAAAAAAGAUCAGCUUCGCUUAAUGAUAGCCAGGAAGUGAAAAAAGACGAUCAGUCUCAAAUGAAAGCAGGUUUUGCAGUUUCAGGACAGAACAGUGCUUCCAGUCAUAAAAAUCAGUCUGAUACGAGCAGGAGGAGAGAGUUUGAUGAAGAGUCUUUGGAGAGUUUUAGUAGCAUGCCUGAUCCAGUAGACCCAACUACUGUGACAAAGACAUUUAAAUCUAGAAAAGCAUCAGCACAAGCAAGCUUGGCAUCAAAAGAUAAAACACCCAAAUCGAAAAAUAAGAGGAAGAGUUCUGCUCAGCUAAAAGGCAGAAUGAAAAAUACUGGUUAUGAAAGUGCAAGUGCUUCUAGUGCAUGUGAACCCUGCAAGAGCAAUAAAAGCAGACACUCUGAAGAGGUUGUUCAUGCAAAGGUGUUCAGCAAAAGGAAUCGGGAACAACUGGAAAAAAUAAUUAAAUACAGUAGAUCUACAGAAAUGUCCUCAGAAACUGGUAGUGAUCUUUCUAUGUUCGAAGCUUUGCGAGACACAAUCUAUUCUGAAGUGGCAACUCUUAUUUCUCAGAAUGAGUCUCGUCCCCACUUUCUUAUUGAACUUUUCCAUGAGCUUCAGCUGCUAAAUACAGAUUACCUGAGGCAAAGGGCUCUAUAUGCUCUACAGGAUAUAGUGACCAGACAUUUAUCUGAGAACAAUGAAAAAGAGAAAUGCGCAAAAUCACUGAAUUCUGCAGCAUGGAUGGCAUCAAAUUCUGAACUCACUCCCAGUGAAAGCCUUGCUUCUACAGAUGAUGAAACUUUUGGCAAGAACUGUUCUACUGAAGCAUGUCAGGGUUGCGAUCAGAAUGAUGCAGACAAUGGGAGUACUAUGUCUACAUCUUCAAAUUUUGAACCCUUUGCCACUGAUGACCUUGGCAACACAGUGAUUCACUUAGAUCAAGCUUUGGCUAGGAUGAGGGAGUAUGAGCGUAUGAAAAUUGAAGCUGAAAGUACCCUUGACUCUGAGGGCUGCUCUAGUAAUUUUCAGGGUGCUUCUGCUGCUAAAUUAGAAGGUCCAAGUACCAGUGAAUGUCUUCCUGUGCCACUGUCAAGUGAAGUUUCUGCUGUUCCAUGUCCUCGUAUAGAUACUCAGCAGCUUGACCGGCAGAUUAAAGCAAUUAUGAAAGAGGUCAUUCCUUUUCUAAAGGAACACAUGGAUGAAGUAUGCUCUUCUCAAUUACUGACAUCAGUAAGACGUAUGGUCUUGACUCUCACACAACAAAACGAUGAAAGUAAAGAAUUUGUGAAGUUCUUCCAUAAGCAGCUUGGCAGUAUACUUCAGGAUUCACUGGCGAAAUUUGCUGGUAGAAAAUUAAAAGAUUGUGGGGAGGAUCUUCUCGUGGAGAUCUCUGAAGUGUUAUUUAAUGAAUUAGCCUUUUUUAAACUCAUGCAAGACUUGGACAACAACAGUAUUUCUGUAAAGCAGAGAUGUAAAAGAAAAACAGAAACCGCGGAAGUGAUACAGUCUUAUGCUAAAGAGGCAAAAAAAGGUCUCCAGGUGGAUGUUUGUUCAUCUGCUGAAGAUGUCGAUGAGGACAAAGACAAGGAUGAGACAGAAACUGUUAAACCAGUACAGGACUCAAAAAUGUAUGAUGAUAAUGGAGUUCCUGAAAGUGUUAGGUCUGAUGUGUCUGAUCAAGAGGAAGAUGAGGAAAGUGAAAGUGGUCCAGUGGCAAUAAGUUUAUCAAAAGCAGAAACCCAAGCACUGACUAACUAUGGCAGUGGAGAAGAUGAGAAUGAAGAUGAAGAAAUAGAAUUUGAGGAAGGACCUGUUGAUGUGCAGACAUCACUACAAGCCAGCAGUGAAACAACAACUGAAAGUGAACAGACUUCAAACCAAGAAUUGAAUAAGACAAAAAGCAGUGAGAUUUUGUCAUCAGAACAACAAUUUGUUAAUGUUAAAGGUGAAGAAGAUACAGCUACAAUUUUGCCUCAUUACCUCAACGUCAUGGAGAAUACACCACCUUUAACAGUCAAUACCCCAGAAUCCUUUGUAACAGCCAGUGUGACAACGGAGGAAUCAAGCUCAUCUCUUCCAGUAAAUGAAACUCAAACACUAGAUACAACGUGUGUUGGAAACAAAUCUGCUGCAAGUUCUGAAAGCUCCAUGGCUGGCAGCCCUGAUACAGAGUCACCUGUGUUAGUGAAUGAAUAUGAAGCUGGUUCUGGAAAUGUAAGUCAAAAAUCUGAUGAAGAUGACUUUGUGAAAGUUGAGGACUUGCCCCUUAAACUUGCAGUGUAUUCAGAGGCAGAUUUAAUGAAGAAAAUGGCAACAGAGGCCCAAACCAACAGUUUGUCUGAUGAACUGCUGGAUGGAGGUGGAAAUCGAGAUCAAGAUUUAGUAGGAGAUGCCCAAAUGCUGAAAGAACCUGAAACUUUUGGAGCUCAAAGUGCAUGAGAAUAAGCUGAAGAUAUCUGCAUUUAUAAACUCCACAUAUACAAAUGCAUAUGGAAGAUCAGCACUAGUUUCCCAGAAUUCUGGAAGUGUAUAAACAUGUAAAAUUUUUGACACGCUGCCUCAUAGGACAGGUAUGCUAACUUCUGCCUGUGGCAGUCUCAACAGCUGGAACUGAAUCCUCUUCUAUUCAGUUUUGCUGCACUGUUCUUUUUCUGUCUUGAUCUUUUUUUAUUUUUUAUUGUGACUUGUUUGGUAAUUUUAAAAUUGUUCAAAAUGGUAGUUUUAAAUAAAGUUUGGAUUUGUCUGU